AUGAAGACCUGUCUGAGCCUCCUCCUGCUCUUGCUAGGCCUCUGCCAAGCCCAACCUCUGGUGGGAGAAGAAAGUAUGGCUGAUGUCCUAGAAGACCAUGAGGACAUGGAUAUAAGCACAGAGCUCUCUCAGGCUCAACCUCUGGUGAGGGAAGAAAGUGUAGAUGAUAUCCUAGAAGACAAUGAGGACAUGGAUAUCAGCACCAGGAUUCUGAUCUCAAACAACGGCUCCAGUGAGAUUCUGCUGGAGGGAGACUUGCUUCUCCCAACAACCAGAAACGCCAUGAAGUGUUUUAGAAACAACUGCCUGUGGAAAAAAUCCUCUAAUGGCCUUGUGACCAUUCCCUACACAGUGAGCAGCGCCUACACCUCUGCGGAGACGUCAAGAAUUGUGAACGCAUUGCAGUCCUUCCACCAGAGCACCUGCAUCCGCUUCGUUCCCCGCCGGAACCAGUACGACCACAUCAGCAUUCAGAGCAGAGGUGGAUGCUACUCCUCUCUGGGCAGGACAGGAGGCAUGCAGGUACUCUCUCUCAGGAGAUCGGGGUGCAUGUACUACGGCAUCAUGCAGCAUGAGGUGAACCACGCUCUGGGCUUCAACCACGAGCAGACCAGGAGUGACCGUGACCAGUAUGUCAAGAUAAACUGGAAGAACAUUAAUCCAAGCAAUGCCUACAACUUCGAGAGGCAGAACACCAACAACCUGAACACCCCCUACGAUUACACCUCCAUCAUGCACUAUGGCAGAACAGCCUUCUCCAUAAAUGGACGAGACAGCAUCACUCCUAUUCCAAACUCCAGUGUUCAGAUCGGCCAGAGAAAGGGAAUGACCCGGAAUGACUUCCUAAGAAUCAACCGACUCUAUCGUUGCUAA